GACAACGCGCAAGACGACGAGCUCGCCCUACCCGCCUUCCUCAAGACUUUAACUCUCUUCUCGACCCGGCAUAAAACAAAAUGGCCGACACUGGACGCGGACGCGGUGGAUUUGGUAGGGGACGUGGUGGCGACAGGGGCCGUGGUCGUGGUCGUGGCCGUCGCGGAGGCCGCAAAGACGAGGAGAAGGAGUGGGUUCCCGUCACCAAACUCGGUCGUCUCGUGAAGGACGGAAAGAUCAAGUCGAUGGAGGAAAUCUACCUCUUCUCGCUCCCCGUCAAAGAGUACCAGAUCGUCGACUUCUUCCUGCCCAACCUCAAGGACGAGGUGAUGAAAAUCAUGCCCGUCCAAAAGCAGACCCAGGCCGGUCAGCGCACCCGUUUCAAGGCCUUCGUCGCUAUCGGUGAUUUCGACGGCCACGUUGGUCUCGGUGUCAAGUGCGCGAAGGAAGUCGCGACAGCCAUCCGCGGUGCUAUCAUCCUCGCCAAGCUUUCUGUCAUUCCCGUUCGUAGGGGUUACUGGGGUGCUGCACUCCAACAGCCACACACGGUGCCGUCGAAGGUCAGCGGGAAGGUUGGGAGUGUUAUGUGUAGGCUUAUCCCCGCACCAAGAGGAACGGGUAUCGUCGCUGCUCCGGCAUCGAAGAGGUUGCUCCAGCUCGCCGGUGUUCAGGAUGUAUACACGCAGUCGAAGGGUUCGACCGCGACGAUGGGUAACUUCUUGAAGGCUACCUUCGCUGCUAUCACCAAAACAUACGCCUUCCUCACCCCAGACCUGUGGCGCGAGAUCCCAGUGUCGAAGGUUCCCUACGACGAGCACUCCGCACAUCUCCAGCUCGCCGGCAAGAAGGCGUACUAG